UCUCUCUCUCAUGUGCAUUCUCCUCCUUGAGACCCUUGUGGUGGUUGGUGGUUGGUCCUGACAGCGUGUAAUUGGAGGUCACUCUUUUUAGUCUUUUUCCCUUUUUUUUUCUUUUUCUUUUUUUUCUCUCCUAUACUCGUGUCUCUUUCUGCAGGUUGUGUAGUUUCCUUAAUUUGUUUAUUUCCACGUGAUUAUUAUUAUUGUUUUUUUUAUUGUUCAGUCUGUACGUGUGUGUGUGUGUGUGUGUGUGUGUGUGUGUGUGUGUGUGUGUGUACUCAAUAUCUACUUUUUCUGCCUCGUAAUGUAUUUUAAUGUAAACAUUUCAACACCAUUAUUUAUCAUUUCCUUCUCAAGUGCCCCCUCGUAUCAAUAUCCCUCGCAGACUCCAUUCCAAACACGUGAAAAUCGAAUACCAUUUGUAAGCGCGCAGGAGGGACUUUAAGUUCCUCUCGGUGGCGCAAACACACCGCGGAAUAAGUUUGUUAUGGUGAAGGCGGCGAUGGCUGGCAAGCCGCUUUUCACCAGCUUCCUGCACGGCGGCAUUUGGGAGGUAAAGGCUUAUAAUGCUUCAUUAUCACUAUAUAAUUGCUUCAUUAUUAUCACUGCUGGGGGAGAGGAACACACAGGAACAAUGUGCAUUGCCACCAAAGGGUUCACAAAUCCCUUCCUGACACCUUACAGAUUCCAUGCAUUUCUUCCUGUGGUGUCGAGCGGGCGAGCGGCGCGGCUUGCGUCAGGCAGCGAGGGGCGAGAUGUGAGCGGCCAAGGUUUUUAGCCAACCAGCGAGUGGCAAGGCGCUGUGUUGUGGGGUCCCACAGGGCUGCCAAUAUCUGCAGAGGUUUACUGAUAUCAGAGCGCUGAGUUUCUAGACAAUAUUGAGAAAGGAGAGGCUGGAAUAUCAUUGUCGGUAUACCCAGAACUUGCUGAUAUAGCGGUUGUUUUGCCUGGUAAUGUUCUAGUCGGCAGUGGACUUUAAGAUUCCUGGUUUUGUUGGUAACGCACUACCGGCAGACUUCCCACUCCAUACUUGUGCGUAUAUCUCGAGGGACAGAGACUCAGUGAAGAUGAGAGCGUUAUAUAUUUCCGUGUUGCCUCGUCGCCUUCGUGUGGUCACCCCGCGUCACCCACGCGAACUUAUUGGUGGUAACACGGAGAGCAAGUGGAAGAAACCUUGGGAGAUUUCCAUGACUCAGGAACAAGCACACCUCACUGGGAGCCUUGUGACUGACAGGUGGUUCAGACCGACUGGGAGACAUGACGUCAGUGCCACCAUGCAGGGAGUAAAACCAAGAGGAGGAAGAGGAGCAUUCAAGAGACAUCAGCUGGCCAGCAGUCCAUUCAGUUUGUGGCCCUGCUUUGUAAGUGCCAGGAAGACUAUGGUGAAGGCAGACCACAAACCUUCCAUUGGACAUGAGUGGCGAACGGCAGUGAAAAUAUGGCAGUGUCUGAUUCUUUGCACCAAAACACAGUGUGCUUAUUAACAGAUUUAUUCACUGUUCACUCAUUUGCUCAUCUCUAAAGGAGUGAAGAGUGUGCACUGAAUUUCACAACAGGAAGUGAAGGAUGAAGCAUGAAGGUUUUAGGCCAAAAUGAACUGACAGCAAUCAGAAAUGACACGUCCAGCAAAACCAGCAACACAGCAGUGAGUGUGCAUGCUGACACACACACACACACACACACACACACACCCAGGCUUCCAAGUUGAUAAUCCAAAAGCCAGCAGAUGACAGCUUCCUUCCAGCACACACUUGUAUCGCCCAACUUGACCUGCCUGAAUACAAGCUGAUACAGUCCAUGCAGCAGGGAGUGCAGCCUCUACAAGUGGUGGAGGGCAUGGACACUUGGAUAUGGAUGACACUGGUUUGGGUGCCAAAUAUUAAUAGUGCACCUACACAAUUACCACACUCGCUCCUCUCACCAGGCUUAACUAUAAAUAAUUAAAGGAGUGAGUGAGGAGGCACAUCUGUCUGUGAUUAGGGAAUGCAAAUGACGAUGUUCCAAGGACGUCACCCUGUCCUGGGCCAUGACAUGAGAGAGAAGAGGAAAAAAGGACUCUCUCUCUCUCUCUCUCUCUCUCUCUCUCUCUCUCUCUCUCUCUCUCUCUCUCUCUCUCAUUUU